AUGUCGUUGCAGACCGCAGACAUUGGCUCGUAUUUCAUGACCACCAACAACGAGCUCGGUUUGCGGGAGAGUGAUGUUCUUGCCAUGUGCGACAUUAAUGUUGUUUUGGGUGGAGCAAGAAGUUUACUUUGUGUAAUGCGAGUAAGGGCUGGAUGCAUUGGAAAGAAGGGUAUCGGCUGGAAGAGCACGUUCACGGUCUCACAGUGCCCGCACGUGCUUUCUGGAGACUUUACGUUCAAGUUUGAUGUUGACGGGCCUUUGGGCAAGCUGGCAUAUGUAACUCCGACCUGGCUGACAGACGCCGAGCUGGAGAAAUUGCCGCAGCCUGUGCAAGAUGCACACCGGAACGGUGGGACCGUAAUUUAUCUGCCGCUUCGCGGAGGCUCCAACGGAAUUGUGGAGGCAUUCGAUCGGCUGUGUCAGCAUAAUGUGACGCUUUUGUUUCUGAAGAAGCUUCGCCACGUUCGACUAGGGUAUCCGUGUGGGAAGACGGCUUACCUGCAGCAAUGCGACAGCGAGGAGCUUGGGACAUUCGUCCGUGUUGCCUUGUCCUCAGCUGGGGGCAGGUCAGAGGAAAGCCAGGAUGAGGCUGAGAUCUUCCAGUACAUGCUUCAUCCGUUCGAGGUGGAAGGCGUUGAAGGCCGCUCGCUUACCUUGAGGUUAGCCUUCCCUAGCGCAGAGACACAGAGCGCGGAGCGCAUGGCUGUGCAUGUUGGGUUGCCGGUCCGCUCUGUCGGCUUCCACUUUGCCAUUGACGCGCCCUUCGACCUGGUAGCCAGCAGGGCAGACCUUCAUGAAGGUAGUCCUGUGAACCAGCUCCUCUGCCAAGCGAUCCCGCGAGCAUUCGCAGACUUUUUCGCAGGGCCGGGGCGUAGUGUUAGCUGCCAUGCCAUGAAAUAUGUGGGCAGUGAGGUGGCUCCUAGACCCAUAUGGCAACAUGUUCGUACGAAGCUUGUGGAAUCCUUGGUGCAAGUAGCCUGCAUUCGCACAGAGCAGGGUCUUGUUGCUAAGCCCACCGAUUGUUUGGAACGGCCACAGCACCCGGCGCGCCUGGCAGCGUCGCACUUGAUCCCUGCCAAGCUCUUGCAGCUCAGUUGCGGCCGAAGCUUUGCUUCAUCGAGCACGGUUGCCACGGUGGGCACUGGAGUUCUGGAAGUGCUUUCAGUUAAGCAUUGGGUGCAGGUGCUAAGGUAUCGCGGGUCGUCAUGGCCAAAUGGUCUCGUGGGUGGAGCUGCACAAUGGGAAGAUCCUUGCGAGUUCUUCCUUCCCUUCUGCACCUGGCUAGAUAUGGAGUUGAGGGAAGCUGAGCAGCCCAGCCAGCUCUUGGGCCAAGUUUGGGAAGUUGACUUGCUGCCGGCAUUCCGUUCCAGCACGCCGACUCUGCGAAUGUGCGAUGGGCCAGUUUUCUCCCGGCCUUGCGUGAAGGUCCGCGCAGAUUGGCAAGGCUUCAUGUCGGAGAUUGGCUGGCUGAAGUUUGUCGAGCCACGUGUGCGCUUGGCACUGCAGACUGCCACGCCGCACCUUAUGGACUCCCUGACGAUGGGUAUGCCAAGCCGCCCUGAGCUUGCUGCUUUGUGCGUUUCGUGGCACAUGACUGUGCUGGAUGGGCUUGGCAUGACGACGGAACCUGUGCCCGUCAAAGCUAUCCUUGCAAGCCUGGCAUGCCUCAAGGAAACCUUCCUUUCGGAUGAACUUCCGGAGGGAACCAGGCUUGGCAUAGACUUGCCGAUGGCGCUGCCAAAGCCAGAUCCCGAAGCAAGACUGGCUUGGUGGCGAGAGUUAGGGACGUGGCUCUGGCUACCAACGUGGCAGCACAUGGCUGGUACACUCCGUGUGAGCCUGAUGCGGCCAAAGAUGCUGCAGAGUGGUUCUUUCUUGGGCGUCACAGGUGCAGACUGGGUGCCCUCAGAGCCUACAGUCGUUCAAGACAUUUUCUCCCAAAAAACUUGGGGUGAAGACAGCUUGGGCUGGGAGGCAUUUUUGGAUGCUAUUGGCGUACAGGAGUUGCAGCCCACUGAAUCAGAGCGUGCGGAGGAUCUCACCAAGCGGCUGGGUACAAACCUUUGCAGUCAGGAUUGGUGGGCAGGCGUCCUCAAGCGCGGGCUAAGAGCACAGGCCUACGUUUCUCGUCGCUGUCAGGCGGCGGACGCUGGAAACAGGCGGUGGCUCCAGUCGCUGCCAGUUUCUGUUGAAGUAGCCUGCGCAUCUGAGGUCUAUAGCCGGCUUGGUGGCCAGUAUUUGCAGUAUGUGCGGCUUCCGGGGUCCGCGGGCUCCAUGCCAACGCCAACGCAGUCUGAGGUGCAGCUUUCAGCCGAGGGCCUACUCCGAAGCUUGCACGUGCUCAAGGAAGAGGGCCGCUGCGAGAACAUCGAGGUCUACGCGGAUAUCUACAAAGAGGUUGCUUCCGAGUCCAGUGAGAGUGUGCUUCCGGACUUUCUCCGGCAAGCUUUCUCGGAGCUGGUUUUCGUGCCUCCUGGGGAGUUCAGGCAACUGGAGGAAUGUACCUGGGAAGAGGACGACACUAUCCAGUGGCUGACAGAGGUUCCGGCUUUGCAGGCGCACUACCCCAGAUAUGGGCCCACGGUUCGACGUUACUUCCUCGAAGUGCUGGGCAUGCCUGAGAGGCACCCGGGCUUCUCUCCAGGGCAUUUGCUGACAGCACUGCGGAACUUGGUGGGGCAUGUGGAGGAAUCGCUAUCCAGCAGCGCUCCUUCCGAUAGCCUUGCACGCGCACCGACAACAGCUGGCAGCCUGCUUGACUUGGCACGUAGAAUUUAUGCUAGCCUGGCCCAGUCGUGCCGAAAGAGCUCAGUCACGUGGCAUGCAGAUGUGCGUCGCGCGUUCUGCCAAGAGCGAAUCCUGAUUCUGCCCCCACUCCAACUUCCGGACGUUACUCGCGAGCAGCAGCCGCUGCGAAGGGAAGCUGACAAUGCGAGCAGCAACCCCAUCAAUCAAAAUCCAGGGAGGCAGGGCACACAGCGAGCACGUGGCUCGGCAAGUUCGCUGCCGGCUCCUGAUGCAUCAAGACGUCACAGACCGAAGCGCCUCUUUACAAAGGAGGCGUGGUGGGAAGUGGAGGAUGAGUUGAAGGAGACUAAGGCGACCAAUCUGAAUCUGUGUUCACUCUACGGUGACAUCCAUGACGCGGAGUUCUUGUUCCUACGUGUCAUUGGGGUCCGGAAGUGUGCAUCACGCAGCGAUGUGGUGCAACGGCUUCGCGAAAGCAUGAGCUGUGCUGGACCGCUCAGCAGUUGGACAGAAGGAAUCGAUAUCUCAGACCUGGAGGAGCUGGAAAAUAUUCAAACCAGCAGCUAUUUCCGUCCUGCAGACUGGCGUGCACCAGGAGAUGAAGAUGACACAGACGAUCAUGCUGCAGCGACACCGGCAGCGCCGACACCACCCAGCUUCCGUCCACCUGCAGCAACAGGCUCGGCUCAUCCGCCUGCCUGGCGAAACGCAGAGGCAGCCCGCGAUGCCGAAGACCGUGCAAAUGCGGCGCUGCGUGCCGAUGCGGCCAACCGCGACGCAGCGAGGGCCAAGGCAAAUGCAGACCGAGGUUCACAGCCUCCACCAGAAGAAAAGCCGGCGGAGCCCGAGGAACGGCCCAGGCGAUUUAGCUGGCAGCGAUACCGGGAGGAGCAGAGCACGGGCAGAGCCCAGCCCAAAGUAGAGGCUGCGGAGCAACCACGUGCCCUGCCGCAUCCCAUGUCCGCUCCGGCACCAGGGCCAGAGCCACAAGCCAAGCACAUGACCUGGUCCCGCCUGCGAGCGCAGCAGGCCGAGGAGCAGGUGCCGCAGAAACAAGAGAUGCCAGAUGACGUCAGGCCAGCCGCGCCAAAGAUGCGCGGCACACGCGCCUCGGCGUGGGCAUCUUUCAGAUUGGCAGAUGCCACCCAAGCACACAAGAGCCAGGAUGUCCCCAACAAUGGUCCACAUGACGUUGGCCCCGGCGAGAGCCACGGCUGGUGGCAGUGUCCGAGCAGUGUGGGUCUCUUGGAGACAUGUGCGCAGGAGACGACAGAGCGGGGGGCGCUGCAGUUCGUAGAGCUUCUUGUCUUCCUUGCACCAGGAGUUAACGAGGCCUCCGAUGCCAUGAACAAGGAAAUGAAAGAAAGUGGUCAAAAGCGUGAGAAAGAGCAGCUGAAGCGCAGAGUUCGCGGACGCGUCCGCGAACACACCGAGGUCAUCAAUGAUGCCCAACGAAGCAUAAAGGACAUCGAAGAGGCUAUAACCCAGGUGGAGGGUUGCCAGACGCGAUUGGUUCAUAUGCGUUAUGCCAGGUUCGCGGAUCUAAAGGUUUGCGAGAAGCGACUUCAACUCAGAGAGCGACGACCGCCCCGAGAGAACUUCCGAGACGCCGUCGAGGAGGCACUUGAGCGCGAGCGAGGCGUUCUGGAGCGCUCACGCCAGGACCUGCUCGCCUUGGAGGCAGAAGCGCAGCAGUUUUUUACCGACCUACAGGCGAUGCGCGCAGAGCUUUCGCGGGAUACGGGAGCUCGAAGGCUCCAGGUGGAGAGCGAAUUGGCUCAAAUGCGCGCGGCAACUGGUGCGAGCGUAUCAUUGCCAGAGGUGGAUAAGAACAAGAACACCCAGCCACACCAGGUGAUCAAGCUCUUGUCCGAGGAGGAGGCGAAAUCCUUAAAGCAGCGCUCCAUUUCGGUCAUCCGAAAAGCGAAGGAGCUGCCCGACAAGGCAGAUGCGACAAUUCAUCGCAUCCGACAGGAAGCCCACCAAUGUACCCACAGAUCUGCUCGCCAGCUCGGCAUGAAAACCCGUGAGCUGGGAGAGUUUAAAAAGAUCCUGGAGGAGAACAUCCGUGGCGUGGAUGCGACGCUGACGCAGGCAAGAAUGGCUCUCUCCAAAGAAGAGGGGCGGCUGGAAACGGUCAUGGGAGAGAAAGCCUUGCAGCAGACGCAAGAACGAGUCAAUGAUCUGACGGCUAUGGUGCAGGAGCUGCAGGACACUCACAAAUCCUUGGUGGAAGAGCUGCGCUGUAAGGUUACCGCGCUCGACAUUGACAACAGUUGCCGCAGGGUAACCCCGCAGGCGGCGGCAGAGCCCGCCAAGAAGAGCAUGCAACAGUCAGCCAGUGCGCCUACCUUCAGAAAAGCAGAGGCCCUGGAGGACAACGAGCAGAGCCGGAGCUGUGUGGCACUUGAGUGUCGCCGUUUCCUGGCGCAGUCUGAAAAGUGGUUGGGAAAGGUGUCUGGAACAAAGAAGCACAUCAAAGCAUACCGAAAUAUACAGCGAAACAUUCUUCGUGCAUGCUCCGCAUGUUUUCUGGCAUCCUCUGUUUUUCGGUUUGUACGCAUACAGAUCAGCCUGGCCGCGAAUAUUGAUGAAGUGUAUCUGGCGGUGGACAUUCCUCUACUUGUGGCAUAUGCGGUGCUGCUAACUGUGCUUCUGACACCCUACCAGGCUUCGCCACUGGCGUUAGAUUUUCUGCACGCUGUUGUGCAGCUCCUCUGUGCUGUGGUGACAUAUUUCUCUGAAAUGGAAGACCUACAAAGCGUGGUGUAUACGCUGCUGAUACCCCGCCUGGUCUCUGCCCUUUGGGUUCAGUAUGGCUGGAAGGCACUUGUUGGACACUGCCUGUGUAGCGGUGUCCUGUGGUGGCGAGAUCCGAACAUGAUAUUUGCGGCAUCUGGAUCUCUCGUUUUUCUCAUGCUUCUGACUUGCACCUUGCAGCGUCACAUCUCCGUCGUCGCAGAGCAGCACCUCAACUUGGACACAAAGCGGGUCUCCAUGGAGUCCGCAGCCGCCCUUAUCAAUGGGAUUUGUGAGUGUGUAGUGGAAGUGGACUCGUCGUUCAAGCUCAUGGAGGAUUCCACACAGCUGGGAACAAUGCUGUUCUGUGAGAAUUCUGCAGCGACCAUGGCAGGAUCUGACUUUUUGGAUUGUGUCGUGAGUGAAGAUCGUGAUCGGGUGGAGUCUUUUCUGCAGUGUGCCGGAGGCCCGAAUCCAACAAUGAUUACCAAAUUCAUAGAUUCUGCCGGGACCCAAAUCAAGGUGGAACUGCACCAGCUAACUUUUUUUGCGGGCGACGGAGCGUGUUGCCGCUUGGUUGGUGUCAAGGAGUCACCAGAUUUCACGGGAAGUACCGUAGCUCCCCUUCGGUCAGACAGCGCCGUGUUCAAAGACUCCUCUGCAGUGGACUAUUCGAUCGUAUUCGAUGCUGUGACAUUCGAAAUUCUGGUUGCAAGUGAUGAGUUUGAAAACCUCUUUGCUAAGUGCACUGGCCACUUCUCUGACUUUGAGAAAAUGAGCAUCUACGAUCUGUCGCCGGAUGUUGGUGUAACCUCUCUGAGUAGGCGAAUACAGUCAGCAGUGAAUUCCUUCGAUCACACGAAGGCAUUGCCGGAGGAGGCGCAGCGAGUGCUAGGGAGCUUCAACCUUUUCGGCGUGUGCACGCUGAAGGCAAUUCUGGACUUGGAACAUGACCCAGCUCUUGGCACGUUGGUAGGCACUUUGCGUUGCAUGGAACACGUCGAGAAGCCGGUCAGAAAAUCCACUAGUUCAAAAAGCUCCAACAGCAGCAGAGGCUCCAACAGCAGCAGAGGGCGAGCCAAGCGUCGAAGCCUUGCCUUGAAAAGAUUGCAAAAAGCACCUCCCACACCACCUCAAGAACGCAACGACGAAAAGAUCACCCUGGACCUGUAG